AUGAAAAUGAAGAGUGGAAUAACAGUAAGUGUUGUUAUGCUGAUGUUUUUGUUAGUUGAGUUAACAAUGAGUUUGAGUUCAAGAACUGAAAAGUUUGCGUUAUUGGAGCUUCGGUCAUCGUUGGGUAUAAGGGCGAAAAAUUGGCCUAUUAAAAGUGAACCGUGUCAGAACUGGACGGGUGUUGAAUGCAAUAACAGUCGAGUUGUUGGUAUCAACGUGUCCGGAUUGAAGAGAACUCACAAGGGUCGUCUUAUGCCGAAUUUUGAAGUGGAUUCUCUUGCAAAUUUCACACUAUUGGAGUCUUUCAAUGCUUCUGGUUUCAUGCUUAAUGGGUCUAUACCAGAUUGGUUUGGGAAUAAUCUUACUAGUAGAGUCCCUUCAAGUUUGGGGUUCUUAUCUAGUCUUUCUAUUCUUGAUCUCUCUGGGAAUUUGUUUUCAGGAUCAAUACCUGAAUCAUUCUCUAAUCUUGGUAACCUUACAAACCUUGAUCUUUCUAAUAAUUACUUAUCUGGGUCUAUUCCACCUGAACUCGGUGUCCUUUCAAAUCUUCAAAUUUUGAAUCUUUCUGAUAACGCCUUCACUGCUUCGGUUCCUUCUCAGUUAGGCAACCUUUCAAAGUUGGUUGAGCUUGAUCUUAGUAUGAAUUCAAUUGAUGGUGAUCUUCCUGAUGCUAUAUGGUCAUUGCCUAGAUUGCAGUUAUUUGAUGUGUCAGGCAACAGUCUCUCUGGUCCACUGCCAAAAUUGUCUGGUUUAAAUGUUAGCUCAAACAGUGGCGUAUUCAAUUUAUCAAACAAUCUGUUUUAUGGACCUGUGAAUGGUUUGAAGAACAGGAUUAAAAUGAUUGAUUUGUCCGGUAAUUAUUUGGAAGGUGAUGUGGAAAAUGGUCUUAGUAAUGUAACUCUAGCUAGAAAUUGCCUACAGAUGAUUUCAAACCAGAGGAAUUUGAAAGAGUGUAGAAUGUUUUAUGCCCAGAAUAAUGUAACAUUUGAUUAUGGUAACCAUGUGACAGAAAAAAAGAAACGAGUAAUAUUCAUACUGGCAGGUAUAUUUGGUGGAUUGGGAUUCAUUGUGCUACUGGUAUUGGUCGUCAUACUGGUUCUAAAACAAUGUCAUAAAAGUAAAGAUAUGGAAAUUGAAAGAGGGAUCACAAAUGGGGGGGCUGUUAAAGAAGAGGAAAGUCCUACACCUAAGGAUCCUGUUUUCGUAACAGCUGUCGGAGAAUCAUUUACUUUCGAACAAAUACUCCAUUUUACUGGAAAUUUCGACGAAGCAAACUUGAUAAAACAUGGUCAUUCUGGAGUUUUGUUCUUUGGAGUUUUGGACAGUGGAGUAACUGUGGUUGUCAAAAGGGUGGAUUUAAGUUUAUUUAAAAGAGAAUCUUACAUUGCAGAGUUGGGAUUGUUAAGCAAGAUUUCGCAUGCAAGAUUGGUCCCAAUUCUAGGACAGUGCAUGGAUAAUGAGAAGGAUAAAUGUAUAGUUUACAAGUAUAUGAUAAAUGAAGAUUUGGCUACUUCCUUACAUAGAGUCAGUGGUUCGGAUGGGAAGUUGCAAUCCCUUGAUUGGAUCACAAGAUUGAAAAUCGCAACAGGAGCUGCUGAAGGCCUAGCUUACUUACAUGAUUGCAGCCCUCCUCUUGUUCACAGAGAUAUCCGAGCCAGUAGUAUACUUCUCGAUGAUAAAUUUGAAGUGCGGCUUGGAAGUUUAAGUGAGGUUACUGCCCAAGAAGAUUUUCAUCAGAAUGUAGUGUCAAGAGUUUUCAGCAAACCACUAUCUUCUAAUCAGGGAAAUUCUGGUAAAUCAUCUGUGACAUGUGCUUAUGAUGUCUACUGUUUUGGGAAGAUUUUACUCGAGCUAGUUACCGGUAAUGUCGACAUCAGCGAAUCAGAUGAUGCAAUGACAAAGGAUUGGAUAGAGCAAACCUUGAAUUACAUCACCAUAUUCGAUAAAGAACGAUUGGCUAAGAUCGUUGACCCGUCUUUGAUAGUGGAUGAGGACCUAUUGGAAGAGGUAUGGGCAAUGGCAAUCGUGGCCAAGUCGUGCCUUAAUCCUAAGCCUUCGAAACGACCUCCAAUGAAACAUGUUCUCAAAGCACUUGAAAAUCCAUUGAAGAUUGUGAGAGAAGAAAGUUUUAGCUCAGCGAAAUUGAGAACAACUUCAUCGAAUAGAUCGUGGAGCACUGCGUUGUUUGGUAGCUGGAGACACAGCUCAUCAGACAGUGGUGCAACUGCUACCAAUAGGGAGGGUUCUAGUGGCAUUAAACAAACAGGAAGAGUAAGUUCUCAUGGUAGCGGUGGCAUCGAUCACUCAUCUUCGAAUAAAAGAUCAUCCAAUGAAAUAUUCCCAGAACCGUUGGGAAUGCAAGACUUAGAGAAUGGAGAGUUAAGAUGA